AUGGCCUCAGGUGUGAGCGUAGACCGCAGGCGAGCCCGCGGCGCAGUAACAGUGAGUAGCGGGCGGGACCGGGUAGCUCCGGAGUCCCGGAGAGCCGGGCAGCAGGGGCGCCCCGGGGGUAAUGGGGGCGAGGCGGCCGGAGCCGGGAAGGCCAAGUGGGUCGUAGCGCUCUCUGCCCGCCUCCGCCGCCGCAGCUGCCCGACCCGCGCCGCGGCCCCUCCGCUCGCCCCAACACCGCCUCCUUCAGCGCGGAGGCCCCCGGGAGCCGGGGAAGUAACUUGUGCCUGGCGCAGACCCUGGAAAGUGCCUGCCGCGCGCCGCGGCCCCGGCCGGCGCGGUCGCUGUCGCUCGGCCCCGCGGCUUGGGGCUGCGGGCGCGCGACGUGUGGCGGCGGGCGGCGGGCGGCGGGCUGCGGGCUGCGUUUCGUCAGUGCGCGCGUGUGCGCGGUCCCGGCUGAGUUUACCCUUGCACCUGGAGCAGCCACCCCUAAGCUACUGUGGGCGAGGACUCUGCCAGAGCAGCAUGGAGCCCUCCGGGGUGUGGCAGGCACGACAGGUGCGCUCCUCCACAAUAGCGGCGCACGUGCCGGUGCGCGUGGGCCUCUCCCGCAAGGACCUCUCAUGGGCUCCUCUGGUGCCACUGCCGCCGGCACGUGCGGUCCACUCUCGGGCUGUUUGGUCGCCACUGAGGUGGUCUCGCAUGAGCUGCUCCCAGUCCCCUCUGUCACUGCUGGCGCACGCAGGCUGCUCCCAGUCCCCUCCAGCACUGUCUUCCCUGCCUUGGCAGCAAUUAUGUUGGUUAGAACAGCAGCAUCCACAGCACCCCGGAUAUCCAUUUUGGUCUUCUAAAUUUUAUGGUCUUGAAUGUUUUCAACAGAUCAUUCAAAAUAGGACUGCUCUGCAUUUGGCCUGCACCAACGGCCAUGCAAAAGUGGUAACUGUCCUGGUACAGAGAAAAUGUGAGCUUAACCUCCAUGACAACCUAGAGAGGACACCCCUGAUCAAGGCCGUGCAAUGCCAGCAAGAGGACUGUGCACGUAUUCUUUUAGACCAUGGCGCCGAUCCCAAUGUGAGUGACAUCUAUGGCAACACCGCUUUACACUAUGCAGCUUGUGGUGAGUGUGUAACAACAGUGGCACAGCUCCUUUCGCACAAUGCAGACAUCGAGGCGAACAACGAGGAAGGCUUCACACCACUUUUGCUUGCUAUAAGGCAAGGAAAAUAUGAAAUGACAAAGUAUUUGUUAACUAAAGGAGCAAAUGUACAUGCUGUUGAUAAGAAUAAAAGAACAACACUCAUGCUUGCUAUUGGUAAUGGAUCAACAGUUAUAGCCAGGCUGCUUCUUCGGCAAAAUAUUGAUGUCCUUUCAGAAGAUACCUUUGGAUGGACUGCAGAAAAUUAUGCUCAUAAAAGAGGUUUUAAUAUCAUUUGCCAACUAAUUGAGAUGUACAAAGAGGACAAAGGAAUUAAAAAUUCUUCUCAAAAUAAUCGAAACUUUUAUCCAGGUUUGGACUCUCCUGGUAUCACUGUCAGUGAUGUGUCCAGUCAGACAUCUGGGGAUCUGAAAACUGAAGCAGAACAAGACAUCAUAAUGACGUCAAAGAAAGAAGAAGAACGGCGUGAUGGAAGUGACUAUAACCACCCACAGGUACUUGUGAGACACCAACUCCAAGAAUUGGCUGACAUGGAAAUACAACGAUUUGAGUCAGAGAGUUUGCUAGAAGCUACCUCCUACUAUACCAUUGAGAGACAGGACUUAGAGAAGAAAUUAAAUCAAGCCCUAAGUCAGGUUGUUAAUCUUUCAAGAAAACUGGAAGUUUCAUCUUCAGAAGUCAGAAACCUUAAAACUCAUCUGGCAAGGAUUUCAGUGGAACACAAUAAGAUGGAACAGUACAGACGGGACACUGAAGAAAGAGUAAGACAGAAAACAGUAGAAAAAUUAAAAGAAGUCGAUUGGUUUUUACAGGAUGAAUUGCAAAAGAGAUUACAGCAGUGGAGAGAGAUGGAUAAUUCUUCAUUUAGAAUGCAAGUGGAACUCAGAAUUAAAGAUCUUGAGUUUCAACUCUCCAAAAAAAUUUCUCAAGAAGAUUCCAUUAGAGCUGAAUUGGAGAAAUAUAAACAAUUACACCGAGAAGAAGUAAAUACCAGCCUGUCACUGGCAAAUCAACUAGACAGGAUUACUGAGAGGUUAGCAGAGAUCAAUAGCAAACGUAGAGAGAAGGAAAUGGACACAUUCUUUGCCAAGAUGGAGCAAGAAUUUGACAAAAAUAUAACUAGAGCACUAAAAGAAGACGCUGCUAAAUUUGAAAUUGAAUCCUCUAUAGCUGCUCCUCUAGGAUCUAUGGAUGGGUUAACUUCAACUCAAGCUCUACUUUUGAAGAUGUCACAGGAAUAUGCACAGAUUUUGAGGAAAAACUAUAUCAUCUGAAAGAAAUGUAAAAUGUGCUUGUCUGAUGGAGGGGAAAAAGAUGGCUGGCGGUGAGAGAACUGAGGCAGAAACCACCUCCCAAAACCACAUGUAAUGAUAAUACAGCAAAUACCACUAAUCCUAAAAGAGUGACCCAGAAGACUGCAACAUACUGCCUACAUCUGGGGAAAAGAAAAGACCUUAAAGAAAAGGGUAAAGUAGCAAACUCAGCCCAGCAAGUUUGGAACAUUCAGGACCAUCAGAUGCUCCAUCCCCCUGGCUGGCAGUGCAGUGCUAAGGCCCCCCACUGUGAUAUGCAGCCUGCCACUCAUUCCUCCCAGCAGGCAUGACUCCGCACAGCUGAUGCCACCACCAUUGCACCAGCUCACGUCGUGGGCAGCCCCACCUAGGGUACCUACAGGGGCAUAACACAGAGGUUCCUACCUUAAUUCUCGGCCUACUGGAUCUGGCAGUGGAUGCAGACACUUCAGCCAGGUAGCAUUUUCAUGCUACCAAAAGAGCUUUUCCUCCUGGCAGGCACCAUCACUAUGUACCUGUGACCCCACCAUCAUUCCAGGUGCUGGAUAGCUCCAGAGAGUAGAGCUGGGCACUAGAGGGUGCCACGUACACAAAGGUAUCGUUCCAUAGUCAUCAUCAGAAUUAUGAAACAGCAAAAGAAUUUUGUACAAACCAGGAUACCUCAAACACCAGAAAGAGGGCUCAGUGAAACUGAAGUCACCAAUGUUCUUGAUAAAGAUUUCAAAAUAAAAAUCAUAAACAUGCUCAUAGAGCUACAGAAAAAUAUUCAAGAUCUCAGGGACAACUUCAAAAGAGAGAGAAAUAUGAAAAAUACAGUAUCUGAAAUGAAACACACUAGAGGGAUUUAAAAGCAGAUUAGAAGAGAAGGUCAAUGGAACAGGAAUUAGAGAAUAGGAAUAAAAAGAUGUUGAGGCACAGAGAGAAAAAAGGUUCUAGGAAUGAAAGAAUAAUAAGACAACUCUGCAACCAAUCCCAAUGGAAUAAUAUUCACAUUACAGGUGUAUCAAAAGAAGAAGAAGAGAAAAAGGAAGAAAAUGCAGCUUUGAGGAAAUACUGAAAACUUUCCCAGUCUAGGGAAGGAAAUAGUCGCUCAAGCCAUGCAAGUGCAAAGAUCUCCCAACUCAAGGGACCCUAGGAAGACACCACCAAGCCAUAUAAUAAUUAAAAUGGCAAAGAUCAAGGACACGGACACGGUAUUAAAAGAAGCCAGAGAGAGAAAAAAGAUCACAUACAAAGGAAGGCCCAUCAGGAUAUCAGCAGACUUCUCCGCAGCAAACUUACAUGCCAGAAAGGAGUGGCAUGACAUAUUUAAUGAAAUGCAACAAGGGCCUCCAACCAAGAAUAUCUCCUCAGAAAGAUUAUCACUUAAAUUUGAAGCAGGCAUUAAACAAUAUUCAGAUAAGAAAAACUUGAGGGAAUUUACCUUCCACAAACAAUCUCUACAGAGUAUUUUAAAGGGACUGCUCCAAAGGCUAAAUAGCUGUCACAAGAGAAAAUAAAACUGUAGUAAAGGAAGUAGACCAAUUAAUUACUAAGGAAAUGCAAAAUUAAAUCAGUUACCCAAAAAGUCAGUCAAGGGAUACACAAAGAAUACAGGAUAUGACACCUAAAAUAAACAGACUGGAGGAGGAAGAAAAAGGGGGAAAAAAAACCUUUAGAUUGUGUUUGAACUACUGUAAUGAGCGAGUUAAGUUAGACUGUUAGAUAGUAAAGAACCUGCCCUUGAACCUUCGGUAACCAUGAAUCUAAAGCCUGCAGUGGCAAUAAGUACAUAUCUAUUGAUAAUAACCCUAAAUGUAAAUUAACUGACUGCACCAAUCAAAAGACACAAAGUUACAGAAUGGAUAAACAAGCAAGAUCCAUCUAUAUGCUGCCUACAAGAGACUCACUUCGAACCCAAAGACACACACGGACUAAAAGUGAAGGGAUGGAAAAGGAUAUUUCAUGAAAAUAAUAGGGAGAAAAAAGGAGGAGUUGCAGUACUUGUAUCAGAAAAAAUAGACUUCAAAAACAAAAAAAGAAGAGACAAAGAAGGACAUUAUGUAAUGAUAAAGGGGUCAGUCCAACAAUAAGAUAUAACCACUACAGAUAUCUAUGCACUCAACAGAUUUGUUUCACGUAUUUGGGUUUUCCUAACAAUUAAAGGGGGAAACUGAAUGCAAUGCAUUCAUUCUAGAAGAUUUCAACACUCUACUCACUCCAAAGGACAGAUCAACCAGACAGAAAAUAAGUGAGGAGACACAGACACUGAACACAUUAGAACAGAUGGACCUAACACACAUCUAAGGACACUCCACCCAAAAGCAGCAGGAUACACAGCUUUCUCAAGUGCACAUGGAACACUUUCCAGAACAGAUCACAUACUAGGCCACAAAAAGACCCUCGGUAAAUUCAGGUUAAAAACGUGUCAACCAGCUUCUCAGAGCACAAAGGUAUGAAACUAGAAAUAAAUUAUUCAAAGAAAACAAAAACCCCACACUUCAUAAUGCCCCUUACCUAAAGCUGAAUUGUGUUUUACUUAGAAUUGGAAUAAAGAUCUUACAAGUG